UGCUCCGCGACUGACAUGCAUUUACCCUAUACCUAUUUGGAGGAAUCUCCUUGGUGGAUGUCCAAGUGCCGCUCAGAGCCCGGGCAUUAUAUAACCAAUCGGAAAUUGGCUGAGACCCUGAUAAAACUUAUACGGAAGAAAUGAAAAAAUCCUGAAAAGCUAUUCCUGGAGUGCAAUCCAGGUCCUGGAAUCCUGACUCAAGCAUUACUUGAAGCUGGUGCUAAAGUUGUUGCCUUAGAAAGUGAUAAAACUUUUAUUCCACAUUUGGAGUCCUUAGGGGAAAAUAUGAAUGGAAAACUAAAAGUGGUCUACUGUGACUUCUUUAAAAUGGAUCCUGACAAUUGUACAAUAGCAAAACCGCCUGUUUACGCUUCAAAUGAGCUUUUUAAAGAUUUAAGAAUACGAGAAGUUUCAUGGAAAGCAGGUAUUCCUUUAAAAAUAGUUGGAAUUUUGCCAUUUAGAAGUGAAAGAAACAUACUUUGGAAACUUUUAUAUGAUCUUUAUUCCUGUACUUCUAUAUAUAAAUACGGACGAGUAGAACUAAAUAUGUUUGUCAGUGAAAAAGAAUACCAGAAUCUAACGGCAGGUCCAAAUCCAAAUUUCUAUCAGGCAUUAAGUGUACUCUGGCAAGUAGCUUGUGAUGUUAAGCUUCUGCAUGUGGAGCCUUGGUCGUCAUUUGAUAUAUGCCCCCAAAAUGGGCAGCUGGAAAAGCUAAAGCACAGGGAACCAUUAGAGCCAAUACAACAGAACCUGUAUUUUAUUCAAAUGACUCCUCGAAAAACUUUAUUUACAGAAGAGUUGACUCUCGUUAACUAUAAUGUAUUUUUUCAUAUGGUAAAGCACUGUUUUGGGAAGCGCAAUGCCAAGCUAGUAGAUCAUUUACAUUCAUUGAGUCCAGUUGAUGCCAAGCAUAUAUUGAGGCAAAUAAGAAAAAAUGAAGAUGUGAAAACAAUUAAUAUGUAUCCUCGAAACUUUAAACAACUUUUUCAAACUAUACAGUGUUCAGAAGAUUAUGCCCAUAAAUGGCUGUGUAAUGAGAACCUGGAAGACUCAGCCAUGUACAGAACAAAUUGUCAGAAUGUUAGCUGAAGCAUUUUAUUUGUAAACAAAUGAAAAAGAACUAAGUUUGAAAAGUUCAUAUCCUUUCAACAAGAUGACUGUUCUUUUUGAGCACAGACUAGGCAAAUAAUCUCUUCUGUUGAUACCAUUGAUAUCAGUGAUGGAUUCUGUUUUUUUCACAACAGAAUAAAAUGGAAAUUUCAGUUGAUUAUGGAUUUCAUCAGAUUGUCUUUUGAAAAAAAUUCCUAUGUACUGUAGCGUUGGGAGUAUAAUAUAAGGUGGUACAAGGCAUGCUUAGUAUGAGCAAAGCCCUGGCUUUGAUCCCAAGUACCAAAAAAUAAGUUCUUAUGUGCUUAUACUUAUAGGUCAUUACCAGUUGAAAUAUAGUAACUUACAUCAGCACUUUCACUGGUGCCGAUUUUUGCAUAUUCAUGGUGGGCAAAUGAGUUUGGAUAUUAUUAAGUUUAGAAAGUAAAUUAAACUAAUUUAAGUGGUUUGUUUUACCUUUCUGGUUGUUGAAAUGUAUUAUCAAAUGCUGUACAAUGAAAUUACUUAAAUUCUAA